AUGUGCUGGAAGCCAAAAAGCUCGGAAACCGGGCCAAGUUCAACACAGCAGCGACACGUCCAGCUCCAGGCCGCGGGGCUGCCCACGCUCGCGUCUGCCUGCCUGCCCGCGGGCGGCCAGCAGCCUGCCGGUGCCGCCUUCGCGGCGAGGGUUGCGGCCACGCCGCGACGAUCGAUGUGCACCAACAUCCAUCGAGGUGUCGGCGGAUCGCCGAUGGAUGGCCACGCAGCCCUGUGGUUAGGGCCCAUGUGGCCGAAUUUGCCGGAAGGCGAACGACGGCGAUCGUCCGCGCGGGCGGGCGGACUUCAUUGCACUGCCCAGCCUCGCCUCGACUUCAAGCGGCUGCAGCACAUGCGCCUCGCCCCGCGCCGCCUCGACUCGGCUGGCCUUGAGCGCUUCUCGGACGGUCUCCGCAGCGCCCUGGUGCACCUGUUCUCGCUGAUCCGAAUGCCGGCCACGCACGGACUGGUGGAGGGCGGCCAACGACCGACCGCGCUGCGGCUGCCGGUCCAAUGGCUUCGGUCGGCAGUUGACGGGCAGCAUGCUAUACUCGCCAGUCCAAGCUCGGUGCCGCCUCGCCGGCCAGCAUCGACGGUGCGAAUACUGUCCAUCCGCUUCAACUGGGCUUCAAGGGCCACUGUGGACGUCGUCGUCUCGCCGCACCGAUGCCUUUCAUCCUCGCCCGAUGAGCUCCGCCGCCACGCCGGACACGUCCGCGCUGGUGUGCUCUCGCCGGCGUCGGCUGGCCAGACACAAAUUUAG